GAACUACGUUUCCCAAGGAGCCUUGUGCCGCGGCCAAGAUUCCGUGGAAAACCGAUUGCGCCUGCGUAUCCAGACGUGGCAACGGCAUCAUGGCCUCUCGGAACCGCAACGGGAGUCGGAUGAGGGAAGAGAAAAUGUUCGUGUUGGCGUUGCUGGUGUGGCUGCUGUCACUGCUGGAGGCGGUGAAGGUGUCUCCUCUCAUAGAGAAGGUCAGCGACCACAAAGACUUCAAGAAGCUUCUCAGGACGAGAACCAACGUUCUGGUGCUCUACACAAAGACAGCUACAUCAGGGGACUCUCACCUGAAACUGCUGUCAGAUGUGGCCCAGACAGUAAAAGGCCAGGGGACUAUUGCCUGGGUCAACUGUGGAGAUUCAGAAGGUCGUAAGCUCUGUAAGAAAGUGAAGGUGGACCCAAGCACCAAACGUGGAGGAGCAGAGCUGCUACAUUACAAAGAUGGGACGUUUCACACAGAGUACAACAGGCCCGCUACCUUCAAGUCCAUGGUAGCGUUCUUGAAAGACCCAUCAGGACCACCACUGUGGGAGGAGAACCCUGAUGCAAAAGAUGUUGUCCACAUAGAGACAGAAAAAGACUUCAGGAAGCUGCUGAAGAAAGAGGAGAGGCCGAUCCUCAUGAUGUUCUAUGCUCCCUGGUGCGGCGUAUGUAAAAGAAUGCAGCCCGUCUUUCAGCAAGCUGCCACGGAGACAAAAGGAAAAUAUGUGCUGGCAGGGAUGAAUGUGCACCCGGCAGAGUUCGACGGCCUCAAGCAGGAGUACAAUGUCAAAGGCUACCCGACCUUCUGCUACUUUGAGAAGGGGAAGUUCCUUUACCACUACGAAAACUACGGAGCUACAGCCAAGGAUAUCGCUGACUGGAUGAAGAACCCUCAGCCCCCUCAGCCGAAGACCCCUGAGGUGCCGUGGUCGGAGACGGACUCCCCAGUCUUCCACCUGACCGAUGAGUCCUUUGACAGCUUCCUGGAGGAACAUCCCGCAGCCCUGGUCAUGUUCUAUGCCCCUUGGUGUGGCCACUGCAAGAAGAUGAAGCCAGAGUAUGAUGAAGCUGCUGAAAUACUCAACAAGGGUGCUGAUAGUCCGGGUGUGUUGGCAGCUGUGGAUGCCACAGUGCACAAGGCUGUGGGGGAUCGCUUCAAGAUCUCUGGCUUCCCAACUGUUAAGUAUUUCCUGAAAGGUGAGGACAAGUAUACGCUGCCACAGCUCCGAAACAAAGACAAGAUCAUCGAGUUCAUGCAAAAUCCACAGGCACCUCCUCCACCAGAGCAGUCUUGGGAGGACAAGCCCUCCAGCGUCAGCCAUCUUGGAUCAGAGGAUUUCCGAGAGGCACUGAAGAAGAAAAAACAUGCUCUGGUCAUGUUCUACGCUCCUUGGUGUCCACAUUGUAAAAACGCUGUCCCCCACUUCACCACAGCAGCAGAGCUCUUCAAAGAGGACCGCAAGAUUGUGUACGCCGCUGUGGACUGUACAAAAGGACAGAACCACGAGCUUUGUAAGCAGGAAGGGGUCGAGGGCUACCCAACAUUCAACUACUACAACUACGGCAAGUUUGUGGAAAAAUACAACGGCGAUCGUGGGGAGGCAGGCUUCACAGGUUUCAUGCGCAACCUAAGAGGACGUGACCAGGAAAAGGUCGUCAAGAGGAAGGAAGAGCUUUGAGGGUGGUGUGCAGGGAGGGGGCGUUGCACCGCACAGUUUGUCAUUGCACUGUGACCCUUGACCCUGGCAAGGGCCCUAUCCGCACUGACAUGGGAGACUCGAUGACCUCAGCGAAAGGCUAUUUUUUUAUACCGUGGUGAUCACGUUUGUAAUAAUACCAACAGAGUACCUACAGUCAGACCGACCACUUGAGACUUCUUUUUUUUCAUGGAUAUUCUGAUGGGCAGAAAACACAGAAAAAAAAGUGAUUCCAUUUUUUUGCCAAAACACUGUGACUGCAUAUGUGAAAAGCUACACCCUAUACAGUACCUAUGCAAUACUGAUCCCUGCUUAGCCCUGUGGGGGUCUGUGUGGCUGACUGACACCCAUGGUGGUGGGUGAUGGUGGGCAUCAUUACUUAAAGGUGGAGGCUACACUCCGCAGGGGUCCCAAUCCAGUCCCAUCCACCCUGCCCUGUCUCUAUAAGAGACACAUGUUGAUUUAUCGUCUGAUACACCUGUUCCGUUAUUUUUGUACAGAAUCUUCAUGUGUCGUCCACCAUCCACAGUCUUGCUUUGUUAUCGUCAAAGAUCAUUUGGAAGAUGACUGCACGCAACACUAACAUCUAAAACCUCCCGAAGCUGUGAGAAGUGCUACUGUUGGUAAUCAGGUACUGUAGCAGUGUGAGGUGGGUGAAAUCAUGACCUAAAGGGUCAAUAUUCUGUACGGUUACAAGCUUUCAUUAUUAGUUUUGAUUUUAGAAAGGACUUAUACGUUUUUGUUUGCUCAAAACUGUGGCCUUAAGAUACAAAAAUAAAAAAAUAGCUGGAACUGCAGAAAUACGAAAUAAGUGGAAGUGAAUCAGAGGCCUGGUGCCCUUGCAGUUCCCUCAAGUAAGUCAUGGAAAGGAGAAAAAAAAAAAAAAAAAAAAAAAAAACAGGAACA